CUAAACGCACCGUAAUAUACAUCCGGUUGUCAACAUGUGAGAGAAUACCAUCUAAAAUACUAUUAAUUUUCAAUUUAGCAUGAAAAAACGAUUUGAUGGGAAUAAAUUUGGACUCCCACGAAUAGUUAAAGCUGGAGCACUCUUAUUUACAGGAUUCCUCGCGUGGCAUUACGCUGGGCUCACGGUUUACAACAUUGCAAGUACCAAGGGUCAAGAGAAGUUGAGGAAGGAAGGUGUCCCUGAAGAUGAAAUAAGCAGAAAGAGUGGAUACCAAAGAGUAAUGCACAAGGAAGGUGGAAGGGUUAUAAAGUUACACUACAGAACUGUAUUAGGUGAAAAGAAAGUCAAAAGUGAAAAUCCAGAACUCCAGGAGUGAAAAUUCAUACUUUGAACAACCAAGGAAAAUGGAUGUGUUUCUUCAUAAUACAGAAUCACUCACUAUAUUGUUUUUUCCCGAAAUCUGAAAUGUACAUACAUGAUCAUUUUGGGACAUAUUGCUGCAUAAAAAGGACACACUUGAUGCAUAUUUUUAGCAAGAUGGUGUUUUUAUCUCAGGAUGCCACAAUAAAUUUAUAUCUUUAAAAUA